AUGUGCCAAAAUUCACUAGCAAAUAUCGGGAUAAUUGAGAAUAGCGUUAUUGAUGAACCAUUAGUUGAAUGCGGUCUGGAUGGUAUUGCAAUUGAUGUGAUCACUAUGGACACAUUUUAUGGUAGAUUAUAUGUUCAGGGUGAAAGUGAUGAUCCUAAUUGUGUAACAUCAUAUUAUGGAGAUGAGCAACAAUUAUAUUCUCUCGAUAGAUCGUCUACAAAUAGCAAACAACAGUUAAGAUUUUCGUUGAAAUUUGGUGAGUGCAACAUGCGACGUCAGCGCACGGUAUCAUUUAGCUGUUUUUCUUAUGAAACAUUGCUAUUUCAUUAUAAUAAUUUUGUCUAUUAA